UAAAAAAAGUCCGUGGAUUUAACGGUGAAAGAAUGUAAAAUAGUGAAGGAAAAAAAACGUAAUUAAAAAAUCAUGAAAUUACCGUUAAAUUGACGGUGUAAUGCUGUUAAUGUAAAAACAAGGACAUUUAAUAUGUUUCACCUGAUUGCUUUGUAAAAUGUCUGUUAUUUUACCACCAAACAACAUAGCACACAAACAAAAUAAACAGAUAAUCACUGUAGGCCUAUUGCAAAAAUUUCUGAUGUAUGCUGUUAGCAGUAUGUUAUGCACUUGUGUUUUUUAACAAUAAAUCAGGCAGCUUAAAAAACUUUAGUCUCUCCCAUAAUAAAAUACUUAAUGUAAUAUUACAUAUUAAAUGAAGUAUUUUAAUUGCAAUGACUCCUCCUGAUUUAGACUCCUCAGUAAUGUCAUUAAAUUCUGAAAUUAAUAUGAAAUGCAAUAUGUAAAAGGUUUUAAAAUCCAUACUUUAUGUUAUUGUUUUGGGUUCAUAUGCAAUAUAUUGCAUUUAUAUUAUGUUGCAUCAUAUUAAUUAAAAACAUUUUUAAAAAUUGUAAUUUUUAUGUUAUGUUAAAUUAAGGCUUUACUUUAUGCUACAGUCUUCAUUUUAUUAGUUGUCCACUCAGUACAACGACUUUGUAUAAAGUGAAGGAUUUUUUUAUAAAAUGUAUUGAUUUUUGAACUGUCCAAUCAGCGCCCACGUUGCACCGUUGCCGAUGCCGUUGCCUAGGAUAGCUCAUUAGGUUCGCGGUCUUUCUGGAACACAGUCAAGAAAAGCAUCGUGCUGCUGUUUACUCCUCUGAUUUUAAGUGUUAUUCGUCUCUUUGGUGAGCACAUAUAAGCACAGUUUGUUACAUUUAAGAUAUAAUAAUUGCCUUCGUUAUCAGUUUUAGUUAUGGUUAUAUUCUGAGUUAAGUUACUUGCAAAAAUAUUUGUGAGGUAAACCAUAUGCGCGAGCCCGUUGGUUUGGCGGUCUUUCUGGAACACAGCCAAGCAAAGCAUCGUGCUGCUGUUUACUCCUCUGAUUUUAAGUGUUAUUCGUCUCUUUGGUGAGCACAUAUAAGCACAGUUUGUUACAUUUAAGAUAUAAUAAUUGCCUUCGUUAUCAGUUUUAGUUAUGGUUAUAUUCUGAGUUAAGUUACUUGCAAAAAUAUUUGUGAGGUAAACCAUAUGCGCGAGCCCGUUGGUUUGGCGGUCUUUCUGGAACACAGCCAAGCAAAGCAUCGUGCUGCUGUUUACUCCUCUGAUUUUAAGUGUUAUUCGUCUCUUUGGUGAGCACAUAUAAGCACAGUUUGUUACAUUUAAGAUAUAAUAAUUGCCUUCGUUAUCAGUUUUAGUUAUGGUUAUAUUCUGAGUUAAGUUACUUGCAAAAAUAUUUGUGAGGUAAACCAUAUGCGUUGGCGGUUUUUUUAGCUGACCCAGGAAAGGAAGGCGACGUGCUGCUGUUAACUCAUGAAAUGUAAAUUAAAUGAACACACAAAAUCUCUUUGGUGAGCACAUAUAAGCCCAGUUUGUGGUAUUAAUUGUCUUAUUGUAUAUAAGGUUAUGCGGUUGUGUUUUAAAGCGUUUGGUAUUUUUUCAUGUAAUUUUUCAAAUGUCAAGAAUAAACGUGUAACGUUAACCAGCUGGAUGUCUACUAGUUGUUAAUAUUUUAACCUUUUAAUAGCCUAUAUAACCUUAACGUUACACCCUAACUGUUAGUAGUUUACUAAUUCGCUCGGGAAUUCGCUUGGUUUCUUUGUCAUUAAAACAUUUUGCGACCCAUAUAAGUUAUCAGUCUGUUUGUGGGGCUAAAGGAAUAAUAGUGGAGAUUGUAAUAAGAGCAUCAUAUUAAACCAUUUGUAAAAGCCCUGGUUUCAAGUUUUAAAGCUUUUUUGUUUUAUUGUCAUUUCAGUUGUCCAGUCAGUGCCACUGCGUUGCAUAGUAUGUUUUAUUUUAAAUGAAAGUUAUUUCUUUUAUUAAAAGUCUUGUCUUUCUAUUGACGAUCAGUCCCGUCAGCACUCAAGACGUUGCACUGCCUGCUCUGUGUCGUUUGUUUGGCGGUCUUUCUGCAACACGCACAGGUAAGCAAAUGUUUCACUGUUAACUGGUUAAAUUAAAAUGUAAUGGACAGUGUGAGCUCAGAGUUCAGUUCAAUGUGAAUCACUUUGGAAUAUGCUUUAAAAAUGUACACUUGCAACUUUUGUAGUUUAACAGUGCACAGUUUGAGAGACUAUGUCUUGCACUGUAGACUGCAUCGCAACGAACCGCAUGCAAUUUUCAAAUGUGCAGCUGUUGAUUGCAAACAGUCUUUUUCCAAAUAUGAAGCAUUUAAGAGUCACUUUUAUCGGGGACAUAACACCUAUGCACAUAGAGUAACUGAUACAGCCUUAAUAUGCAAUGUUGCACUUUGUGGUCGUCAGUGUAGCGAUGUGCCUGGUCUUGUUGCUCAUUUAAAGAACCAUAUGAAGGAAGGUCGUGCAGUUAACUGUCCAGUAAGAGGGUGCAAAUAUACUUUUCAAAUUAAGUCUUCUUUUACUUCCCAUAUGUCUAGGAAGCACAGGAAUUGCUCCUUUAACAGCAUUGAUCAUUCACAUCGACAAUCUGCACCAGAGAUUACAUCUGUUUCAACUGAGCAAUAUCCUGCAGCUUCUGACCUGGAUGUAAAUACAGUUAUGGAUGAAUCACAGCAAAGGAAUGUAACCAGUGCAAUUGUUCGGGUACUCCCAGAUCUUUCAUCUUCGGUGCUGGCAUCAGUUGUGGAGACACUGAAUUCACUUGGGGUAACUACACCUGAAGAUUUUCAGUAUGUUCAGGAAGCAGAUCUCCUUCCAGUAUUACGACACAUUCAGGCUAGGAAACUGGUAUCUGUCUUGGGCCAGAAUCAACAAAGCACUGGUUGCGGAUCAACUUCAGCAGAAAACAGUGACAGUCAUUUAGCUUCGUGUUCGUCAUCUUCAUCACAUCUUGUCAAGGUUUCCAAAGUGCCUUUAGACUGGGCAGACAACUUUAAAAUUCCAUGGCAGAAGCUUCCAGAAGAAAUUAUUCAUUGUUUAGAAAAAAAGAAGAGACUAAGUCCUCGAUUACGUCGAGAAAUGAUCAGAAUAGUGGUUUCGGACAUGUUGAAGGUAUGUGAUGGUCCCAGUAAACAAAGUUCAACAACCAUUGCUAAAAAGAUGGUGGCCAAAUACCCUGCAUCCCUGCAGGAUGUUAUUGAGGGUGAGAUAGUUGGUUCAGGGUAUCAUUCGCUGGUGAAACAGCUUCAGAAUCGUGUAGAAAACAUAAAGAGAUCAUAUGUGCCAAAAAUCAGAAAACGCAACAGAACGGAAGACUCUGACACAGACGAGAUUCCUGGUGAAAAAAAAGCAGCAGUUCAAGACACUUAUGGUUGUGUGAAUUGGGAAUUAAAACUUAUGCCACUCAGUGAGACUAAAGAGAGCCAGUUGGAUAAACAAGAACAAAUGAAGAUGAUGUCUACAACAGCUAAUCCUGACCCAGAAGUAGUAAGCAGUCUUUUGAAAGCAACAUACUAUACACAACGCAGAGACAUAAACAAUGGAACAAGCAUGCAACAGCUUUGUGAGACCUGGCCUUUUUUGUUUCGAGAGGUUGGCAUGUGUGUACACUUCAAGUUGCUAACAGGAAUCGAUCUAAAGGAGAUGCUCUUCAACAGCUUGGAUAAAAAGGGAAAGCGGCUCCUUAACUUUCUAAAAACUGUUGGUGCAGAACGGAAGAAACGAGUACUUCAAGCUGCUGCAAAACUUGAAGUUAUGAGGGGACAAAUUGAGGGAUGUUCUGAAGAUAUUAAAGACUUGGUACUGCUCCUGCUUGCCUACUUCGAUGAAAAGGAAGAGAUGAUGUUUCACUAUGUUGAAGAGUCUUGCCUUGUUGAAGAUGUACAGCUAGAUAAGUUACCAGCAACACCCUGCAUCGUUGUCUGUGGCUCUUCCUGCUACACAUCAAAGCUGUUCAUGGUGAGCAUUGACCAAAGGAUAACAACUCCACACAUUUCUACUUUCAUCUCAGCAAUAUGCAUAAUGUUUGGCAGCUUCUACUGUUUCAACAUUCAUUAUCCUUUGGAGCUGGGUUCUACUCUGGAGUUCCUGCAAAGAUGCUUCUUUAGCAUAAACCCAGAGAAGGGCACCAAAGUUGAAUGGAAAAAAAACAAAAAACAGCUCCCAGUGAAUCCCAGAGUCCUUACACUCAUAGCAGACCUUGCGGAUCAUGAAUGGAGAGCAGAUUAAGGUUGGACUCUGCUAUUAGUAUUUUGAUUUUUUUUUUUUUUGAGACAUUUUACAGGUGUUCUGUUCACUUUAAGGAUACAAGUUUGCAAAUUUGUAUUUGUUUACUUAAUCGCAAUGUUAAGUCACUUGCUGAUGCUCAGACUUUGUGUUUGAGAUUUCUGUGUUGUGUGUUGAAUGUUCCAUCCUACAAACUUAUGUAAUGGUACUAUGCGCCUGUAGUCAUUUUAAAAAAGAAAAUAUAUUUGUAGCUGAAAUUAAAUCUGUUUAAAGCCAAUGAAAUUCAGAGAUUUUAAGGUUUAUGUGGUUAUGCUGUUUUGUGUACUGUCAAUUUAUGAAUUUAUAUUUCCCUACGGAAAGAUACUUUUUGAUAUAAAAAAGUUAAAAUCUGUAUGCUCUCUAUACAUGGGUUGUGUAUACCUUUGGUGUUCAUGUUUUUCAUUAACAUGGUUAAACCAUUCUGAUGAUAGAACGUUCUGUGUAUGUUUUUUUAAAUGUUGCUUUCUGGUAAAUUUCUUGUAUUUCAAAAUGUUUGUUCUGCACUCUUGAACUGUUUAAUGAAAAGAAAUAUGGAUGCCUAAAUUUGUGUUUACUGAAUUUGUGGUAUUUAAAUAAAAAUGUAGCCAGUAUAAGUGA